AUGGCAGGAGACCAGCAGUGUGAGAAGGGCCAAGGGGCACCGGGACCCUGCCCUGUCCUUGCCGACGUCCUUGUGAUGCGGUCCCCGCCGGGAGUGCGGCGGGCUCAGAAAGGAAGUCUUCAGUUUCACACGAGGCGUUGCACGAGUCUCUGCAGAAGGUUUGGCCUCCAAGCCCCCAGCCAGCUCACACUACCUUCCCCAAAGGGACGGUGUAUCCAUGGCAACCAGGAAUUAGGUGUCAGAGAUACUUCCUGUCCAGCAGCUGAAACCAGAGUCGGGGAGGGGGCGAACCAGAGGACGCUGCCUUCUGGGAUCUCAAAUACGGCAACGGUAGUGAAUGUUGCUGCCCGUGACCUUGGCGUCGGCCUCACCCUCCCAACAACCCAGGAGGGACACGACCUGCUGCCGACGGAGAGGGAGCCCUUUCCACGCUCGUUAGCCAGGGCGACGGGAUUGCUGGAGACAGUAAUGCUAAGCAGGUGCCUAAUGGGAUUAAGAGGCCACCGGACAGCUGUUUGGUUUUCAAAGAAAUCUGUUAGCAGGUGGACCCAGCAGCUGGCUCCUACCCCUGAGGAUCUGCGGGCAAGUGUUGGCAUCACGGAGCCAGAAGCUGCCUUUUUCCCGGGUGAUUCAUGGACACAUUCAAGUUCAAGAAGCACUGGCCUAAAGAGAGCUUUGCCAAUGCCCACUAAGACCCGGUGAGGGGGUACACUCAGCAUGAGCUGGGGAGCAAGGGGUGUGGUCAGGCGGCUGGCCGGGAUCUGGUUCUGCAGGGUCUGUUUGCAGGACACUGAGGAGGAUGCAUCGUCCUUCUGAGCGUCAGUCUUCCCAUCUGUAAAAUGGGGUAAGAAUGCGAGCUGCCCCCCAGGAGUUGUUCUGAGGAUUAAAUCAUGACUGUAAGGCCUUCUAUCCCAGGACCUGGCACAGAAUAAGUGCUCAAAAGAUGUGGCUACAUUUUUCCUUGGCCCAGGAAGGAAGGGACCCAGAUCCCUCAGAGGCCACUGUCUUUCCAGCUCUCUGACCACCCCAGGAACCCAUGCGGUCCUACAGACUUUAAAUUCCAUGGUCAUGGGAUGCCGGGGUGGCUCAGUCGGUUGGACAUCCGACUCUAGAUCUCAGCUCAGGUCAUGGGCUCUU